AUGGAUACAGACAAGAAUCUACCUCCUCCUCCCCCCUACAACGAUGAAAGUCCCUUGAACAUGGAACCCAGCGAGCCAAAAUAUACUCCAUAUUCCGAUGCUUCUCAUACAAGCAUCACGGUUCCGCCCACAUUCCAGCGUUUAGAGCUGGAUCCCCGCGACACGAUCUACCCUUCCUCUUCCUCGCCGGCUCUGGCGAAGAAAGUCAGGCGCUGCUGUUGUGGCAUUCUUAUCGGAUUUGUAGUAGCGAUGGUUCUUUUCCACGUGUGGCUUUAUUUGGCGUUUCAAAGCUGGCGGUUUUAA